AUGAAGAGUUUAUUUUUAAUUUUAAUUUUAUGUAUUACUAUUCCAUUAAUUUUUGCAAACGAAUCACAAUAUGAAGACCAUCCAAUAACCAAAGUAACAUAUGGAAGUAUGGUUAAAUUAGCUCAUGUUCCAACUAAUUUCAGACUCCAUUCACAUAAAGUUAGUUAUGGUAGUAGUGGUGGUGGUAGUGGCCAACAAUCUGUUACUGGUUUCCCAGAAAAUGAUGAUACAAAUAGUCUUUGGGUUAUCAAAGGACCACAUGGUAAUCGUGUAUUACAAGGCACUGUUGUUAAGAAUGGAGAUAUAAUUAGAUUGGUUCAUUCAAAUACUAAAAAGAAUUUACAUAGUCAUUUAGCAGUUUCACCAUUAACCAAACAAAAUGAAGUUAGUUGUUUUGGUGAAAAUGGAGAAGGUGAUACAGGUGAUAAUUGGAUCGUUGAAACUGAAAGUGGAAAAGAAUGGAUGAGAGGUCAAGUCGUUCGUUUCAAACAUGCAGAUACAAAAACUUAUUUACAAGCAAUUGAAAGCGCAAAAUAUCAAAAUCCAAUUCCUGGUCAAAUCGAAAUCUCUGGUGGUAAAUCUAAAAAUGAAGAUACUAAAUGGAGAACUGAAGAAGGAAUUUAUUUUGAUGAAAAAUAA